CUUUUGUGCGUGUGUCAUGCACCUCCCGGCAUGCGACGUGCUCGGACUGGACGCUGUGUCCAGCACGGUAAGCCACACUGGUGACGUGAUGAGCAGCGAGAACAUGAUGCUGCCCGGUGAGCGAGCGCUCGCCCAGGUCCUGGCCGAGCAUCCCGGGGAACUCAUGCGGACUGGCAGCCCCAACGUGCUUUGCUCGGUGUUGCCAACGCACUGGCGCUCCAACAAGACGUUGCCUAUGUCGUUCCGUGUGCUGGCUCUCGGUGGUGACGUCUGUGACGGAACCCUGGUCACUUUGCGUGCGGGCAACGACGAGAACUACUGCGGUGAACUGCGAAACGCCUCGGCUGUCAUCAAGAAUCAAGUGGCCAAGUUUAACGACCUGCGCUUCGUUGGCAGGAGUGGAAGAGGCAAAAGCUUCACCAUCACCAUCACGGUGAGCACGAACCCACCCCAGGUUGCAACCUACAGCAAGGCGAUCAAGGUGACCGUCGACGGACCCCGGGAACCACGCAGUAAGACCCGGCAACAGCAGCAGUUCCGCGCCUUCGCUAGCGCUUUUGGCCAGCGUCCACCACCAUUCCUAGACCCCUUACGAGAAUGGGACCACCACUUCCGGCGGAAAUCUGCAGAACAGUGGGCUCUCGACAUCCCUAGAAGACUUCCAGGAGCCGGAGCACACCAGGAUCUAACGCAAGCCCUGCAGCUGAGCGCUGACGCCCAUUGGGGAGCAUACCCACACUACAACCCCUACCUCACUGCGGGCACUGGAGGCUUCGGAACAUCAUCAGUAACUUAUGCCCUGGAUAGCACUUUUGCCGCUAACGUCACUUCGCUGGCGGACUCCACGGGCAUGGGAUUACACAGCUCACUGCCUGACUCCAAUUCACCAACGAACAACAGCAUGUCCUGCUCCCUCGGUCUGGACCCUCCCGCUACCGUCCCUGGCAUUGCAACGACAGCUUCCAGUCCACGCUCACUGGCUCUCGACCCCACCGGCACUCAAAGUGUUUCACCCACGCUGUCAGGUCUGACAAGUCACGACGUAAACCUGCUUCCUACCACGAAGACCACAUCAUCUUCCGUGCUCCACCAUCAAUCUGCCGGAAGUUCCUCCAGUUCUUCACCGACGUCCAGUAUCGACUUCCCUCUCCCCCCAACUACUGGCUUCGGAUCGAGCGCGCCGUACUUCUCUAGUGCAAACUACGGUCUCCUAUCAUCGCACACCUACUACACUAACAGUGGCUCAGCGAGUACUGUCCCCACCACCGGCAUGUACUUGAGCCCGCCUGUGGUGCCACCGUCGCUACUCUACCCUCAACUUUACUCGUCCAUGUCGCACCCUUCACUGCAGCUCCUGGGCAACGAGUUGAGGUCCGUUAUGGACGCGGCCAACUUCGGAACUCAAGCUUCUCAGCAAGUCGGGUCGAGCAGUGAUGUGCCAGGGCUAGUGCCGGACGUGCAGGCACCAGAGGACUCGAACCAGGCUUCGCAUCUUGGCGGAAAUGUCUCAUCAGUUUUAGAUUCCUUAAGACUGCCAGGAACGAAUGUGAGCACGCAUGGAGAUCAUGGGGUCUGGCGCCCAUAUUGAAAAACUGUCGUGAUUUAAUGUAAAUGUGUUUGUUAUUUAUUGACAUGAAUCAAGUUGAGAGCACGAAGAGAAGCAGGCAGAUCC